AUGGAGACCAUCCCGCGGGCCUGGGCCUGUCCGAAGCAAGAGGCAGAGCCGGGGUUGCAAGUUUGGAGGCUUUGCGGCAGGUCCCCGGCCCGGGGUCCCCCCGGCCCAGACCCCCCGGGACCCUCCCCAGUCUCCCCCUCCCCACCUGAGCCGAGGGACCCCCGGGAGCUGGCCAAAAAUCUCCCCCGCGCGCUGUGCAAGAGGAGCAGGGCGCAGCGUAAAAGCGAGGCGCGCAGCUCCACCGCGCUGCAGCGGGACCGGCCCCGCCCUCCUCUUGCGGAACGGAGGCCCUGCGGUCACGUGAAUCGGCUCUCCCCUUCCUCCUCCUCCUCCUCCUCCUCUCCCCCCCUCCCCACUCCUGGAGAGAGACGCUCAAGGCUGACGGCUUCAGAAAAGGCAGCGGAGGCGGCCGCCUUAGCCACAGACAGAAGGAAAUUGUCUCCAACCGGUGCAUGCCCCGGGUUCUUUCCCCGGCUAAAGUGGGGGGGGACCCCCAGACACCCAGGCAGAUUCCCGGGAGAUAUUCCGAGUCCCCGCAACCGAUCGGGCGCAGGAGCGGAGCGAGGAGGAAGCCGUCGAGUUUCGCCCGUCGAGGGGGGCGAGGGCUCCCGGGUUUGGGGCCCCCCCCCCCCCCCCGGGGGUCUCCGUGGGCGGAGCGGCGUUGGAGGGCUGAAGACGCGUCGACCAGCCCAGCCUUGCCCCCUCGGAGCCGGCAAAGCCAUGGAAGGCGAACCCGGCGCCCUGCCCGGCCUCGGGAAGUCUCGGAUCUGACGGGGAG